CAACCUGGCCCCCUCGCGGCGUAGAGUGAAAGUACCGGUGUGAGGCUGCGAGGCUGCGGCGUAAGGGUGAAAGUCCUCAUAUAAAGGCCGUGCGAAGCUUAGCAGCGGUAGUGUGUCUCCUGGUGGCGGCGAUGAUGGCUUCGGCAGCAUUCCUAUUCACGAUGGCGGUGGUAGUGGUGGUGACGGCAGCGGCGCCACAACCGGAUACGCCUCUGCCUCCCGUCGUCCCUUUCAAGUCCCUCCCAAAAGACCUCAUCACGCAGGACCCCUACGCCCACCUCCACACCUUCUCUGAGGACCACCACGAUGUCCUACACAACAACAUCCCGCACUCCUUCGGUUCACGCAUUAAGGACGCCUUCCCCUCGAAGUUCCCGUCCAUCAGGUUUCCCAGCGCCUCGCACUCCGUGACUCCACACCGCCACGCGUCAUCCUCCUUAAGGAAAUCAAGUAUUGGAGUGACACCGCUUGGCCCCUCAGUGACAGCAGCCCCGCAUAAGCCUGCCGCGUCCCUCCACAGUGUCGGUGCCGUAGACAAGGUGGGCGCCGCUGCACACGUGGAGCACAUCACUCCCAAGCAUUUCCCCAGCCUUGGCUAUGACCUCGACUCGUACUUCACUGGUUUCCCCAUUUUCGGAUUCUUUGACUUCAAUCCAGACAGGGCCGGUUUGACCACCAGAACCCACCUGCCGCCCUUCCCGCUCUUCCCGGAGGACAUACCUCUCAAGAGCAACAAGGUCUCCGUCCACGCCCCCCAUCACAUCCCACACCACGCCCCGCACCACCCCGCCAAGGCUGUGGUAUCGCAGCAAAUCCACCACAAGAGUCUUUCAGAUCCCAAGCAUUUCCGCACCAGAGUGCCAAGACGGGCGGUGUUUUUCCCUGGUCCUCCCUCCAUGCCCUCCUACCCCAAGCCCCGCAUCUCCGUAAUCUCCUUCUAGUGGUCUUCUGCGUGGCCUCUUUAGGUGCUGGCCUUAAUGUUCAAUCAUCGUAGCAGGUUUCUGUCUCCGUUUAAGGUUGCUUCUCAUGUACCUUCCGUAAUAAACGUGUCCCCAUCAGGGUUGACGUGAAUGGCCGACGCUGCGUCCCUGUCAAGCUCUCAUAACCUCACUCCUGUGCUGGGUUGUGAUGGGUGCUGACUGAGUGGCGCUACAUGUAUAUUGGUGCUUGUCGGCGGUCCUCCCCUGAGACGUCUAGUCAAAAGUGUGCACCACCCAGCUUGUUGUUACGGUGCGGGAAGAUGCCUGGUGUCUCCCGCGAGUCUGGUGUGGUGUGCGGACAAACCUUCUGUUUUGUUAAAGGCGAGAUACUCCUUCCUCGCCUCUUUGCUUGUUUUGCGUUUCUCUCCGUCGUGAGCAGCGCUGGAUCGCCAUAAUAUAGCAAGUUUUGUAGCAAAA